UCGUGCUGAAAGACCAAAAACUGCGGCCCUCCUGGAGUUGGACGCCUCUGGCUUACAGCAAAUCAAUAAUGUAAUCAGCAUGAUACUGCACACUCCGGUACAAUAGGGGGCGAUAUACACAUUUACGUUGGGUAUAGAGCGCAUUAAACCAAAGAAGAAGAGUAUUGCCCUGGUGUCACGUGAAGAGGUUAUCCGAAGUACCAAACAGUAGCGUUAGUAAAGGGUCGUGGCUUUGUUUUGCUCCGAUACCGUUACCAGGAGAUUGGCAUAAAAAUGACAAAAUUAGUGCUUUUAAACGCCUAUCUUACGGAGCGGUUAAUGGUGGCUGUGCGGGAGAUUUUGGAGGUUGUGGAAGGUACCGUGUCUGAGUACCAGGAAGAAGCGGUGCGAAUACACAGAGAAAACGACAAUCUGAGACGGAGGCUGCGAGAAGUCGGUUUAGAAACAGUUACAGAUUGGUCGGGGGCGGCACUCCCUCUCUCCCUCUCGGCGGCUGAGGGGAGCUCUCCCGUAGAGCAGCAGGACUGGAGCGCCGGCCUGAGGGAGCAGCAGGAGCUCUGUGAGCAGCAGGGGGAGCAGUCAUGUGACCCAGCGCUCUACGCUGGUGCCGGCUCGCCCCCCACCGCUCUUGGCAUGAAGCGUGACCAGGACGACUCGCCCGAUCAGCCCGCAGAGCUUUUUAAGAUCCACGUCUUGGGAUCCGCGGGCGUGUGCCUGGCCCCUGGCAUCCCGUCCCGGAACGUUAAAACGGAGCCCGGAGAAGUGUGCUGCAGCUCAGCGGGACCCCUUGCCCGCUCGCCCCCUCCGGAGAGGGAGGAGCCCCCCGACGGCCCGGCCGGACCCCUGCCCCCUGCGCCCUCCCCAAAUCGCCAGCCCGACGGGACCUCCAACGGGGUCUACCGGAAGACGUCCCACAACUGCCCCCACUGCGGCAAGGCCUUCCGGCACGUCUCCCGGCUGAAGAUCCACCUGCGGAUUCACACGGGGGAGAAACCGUUCAGCUGCUCCCUGUGCGGGAAGAGCUUCAACAACGACGGCACGCUGAAGAACCACCGCCGCGUGCACACCCAGGUGAGGCUGUUCAGCUGCGCCCAGUGCGGCAUGAGCUUCAAGGACGCCUACACGUGCAAGAAGCACCAGCGCGUGCACUCGGGAGAGAAACCUCACUGCUGCCCCCACUGCGGCAAGCGCUUCAACGAGGCGGGGAACCUGCAGGCCCACAUCCGCACGCACACGGGGGAGAGACCGUACUCUUGCACCCUGUGCGGCAAGCGCUUUGUGGAGUCGGGAAAACUCAAGAAGCACUUCAGGAUUCACACGCGGGAUGGCACCCAGAGCUGAAAUCAAGAGUCUGGACAUGUUCCUGUCCAGCUAUGCUUUACUUGGGCAUAUGAGUGAAAGUGACUAAUUUUAAUGAGCACGUGGAGCACAGGAUGCAGUGCAACAGCGCAAUGAUAAUGUUGUUCUGAUGAUGAUGAUGAUGAUGAUGAUAGGAAACAGCUGCUAAUCCUGUUUAUGAGAUCAUGAUCACAUGACACCCAAGAGGCAUAUUGCUUGUAAUAAUGAGCCUGCAGUAGUGAUUUAGCAGAUUUUGAGUCUAUAGGAAGAUUCAGCAGUCACUGGAUUUAUGCCCAGUCAUCGAGCUGAUGGCUGAAGUGUACUCAUGUUUAACCUCCUCAACUGAGUAUGAAAUCUCUCAACGUCGUUGUCUUUGCAGCUCUCCCAUGUUAAUGUGUAUUCUUUUAAUAAUUAUUCAAUUAUCACACGAAUGUAUUCUAUUACAUUUUUAGAGUUUGAUACUGAAUCUAUCAAUGUGAGAACUGUGGUGUUGGCAGCUACUGGUGGGUGCCCUGGUUCGCACCACUGGAGGAUUGUAUGAGUUGAAAUUCACACGGACCUUAGAAUAGCACACAGAUACCUUGGGUCGACGAGGACACAGAUUAAACUUGGCGGCUCAAAAACAUGAUCCAGUGCUCUAUCUAUCAGGCCAUGGCCUCCGAGAGAGUGGGUGAGCUGUGAGUGUGCGUGUGGUGGUGUACCGAAGUACACGGGUGAACUCCCGACUUGAGACCGUACAUUCUGUAGACUCGGACCAGCUACUGCGUUUCAUCCCUCGGUCGCUCUGGAGGAGAGUUGUUUAGCUGGUAAGUGCCGCACUCUUCUCCGACAUUGCAGGGCCAGGCAAGUCACUUUCAUGCUGUGGCAUCAGUCUGAGAGAUUUCGCUAGCUUUUGGAAUCUACAGGACCGUCGAUCAGGAUGAGGGGACUGGGUGCGAACAGACAUGGGAGAAACUGCUCUUGGAGGCUGAUGAUUUGACGGAGCGGUUAUGAUCGCGUUUCCUGUGGGCACAGCUCUGGAAUGCGUUGUUCCACACUCCCCUGCUUCGUUUGUUCUCUCUCCCUCCUGUUUGCAUAUGCCGGUGGUUAUCCCUGACCUCCUGAUAUCUCUGCUAAGGCUUAUUUUGCGGUGGUCUGGGGGAGGGGAUCUGGUACAGUUUCCAUGGCCCAUUAUGUGGUUAACCCAGGAGCUAACCUUUCUUUUGUUCUUUUUUUAACCUGGAUCCUUGGACUUAUUUUAUGUCAAGGUCUUUGCAUUUUGUGACCAAAUAAAUGCUUAUUUGUCUUUUUUAAA